UUAAUUGCACUUUGUUGCACUUGAAGUACGAAAAGAACAGAAAGCAUAGCUGUCAAGGACGGAUCUUUACCGCUAUACUUUACUAGUUUUCUCUUUAUUCCUUCAAGGCCUAAGUAUACAUUUAUUUUAUUUUAAAGUGCAAAAAAGUGUAUUUUACAAAAAUGACAAAUCUUGUCAUACAUGGACAUAAACAUUAACUUAACCUAUUGUGGCAAUUAAGCUGCAAUUAAAUUCAAUACAUACGUUUUAUUUUAGAAGCUGUUCACGUACACAAUUGGAUUAUAAGAUGAAUACGAUACCUCCUGUUAAACCACCGCGUGGGAUUAAGCCGACGAAAGAAACGAGUGGUCUAUUGAUCUCUGUGAUUCGUGCUUUAUCAGCAAGCGAGACAAAUGAACAACGGGAGAUUGAAAAGGCUAAGUUGGAAAAAGAGUACAAACGUAGCGAUCAACGCUUGGAAGAAUUAGUUUCAUUGUAUGAUCAAGAUCUCAUGGAAGUUAUGCAAAUAUUUAGUGCAUUAUCUGAGAAGGUCACAUCAUUGCGAGAAAAAAUUCAUGCUGUAAAGGAGAAUUUAAAUGCCUGUAAGCAAUUAUUAAGAUGUAAACGAGAGGAGUUAUUGAAUUUGUGGCUAGAAGGAAUAGAACACAAACAAGUUUUACAUCUUCUAAAAGACGUGUCAUCAGAUUCAUGCGGACGUAUAAUAUCUUUAACAGAGCCUGAGCCAUUACAAUUACCCAAUAUAUCACAUGAUCCCUUAGCAGAUCAAUAAAAAUUUAAUCCUGAGUGUAUUAUAUUUAACGAUUCAAAAAUCAUAUAUUUAAUUUUAAUUGUAUAUAACAAUAAAAAAUAUAAAUUUUUUCAAUAGAUUUAAGUAAGAUAGUACAAGUUUAUAUUUUAUAUGUUAUGUAAGAAAAAAAUAAAAGAUGCAUUUGUCAUUUUUUUCUUGUUAA